AUGUCUUUUCAUUUCCUGACUCUUGCUGCCAGUGGUAGUCGCUCUUCUAAAACAUUUAAACCAAAGAAGAACAUUCCAGAGGGUUCUCACCAGUAUGAACUUUUAAAGCAUGCAGAAGCCACACUUGGCAGUGGCAACCUUCGGAUGGCUGUCAUGCUUCCUGAGGGUGAAGACCUAAAUGAGUGGGUUGCAGUGAACACUGUGGACUUCUUCAAUCAGAUCAACAUGCUCUAUGGAACCAUUACAGAUUUCUGUACAGAAGAAAGCUGUCCAGUGAUGUCAGCAGGCCCAAAAUAUGAGUAUCAUUGGGCAGAUGGAACAAAUAUCAAGAAGCCUAUUAAAUGUUCAGCACCAAAGUAUAUUGAUUACUUGAUGACUUGGGUUCAGGACCAGUUGGAUGAUGAGACAUUAUUUCCAUCAAAAAUUGGUGUCCCGUUCCCGAAGAAUUUCAUGUCUGUGGCAAAAACCAUACUCAAACGCCUCUUUAGAGUCUAUGCUCACAUUUACCAUCAGCACUUUGAUCCUGUGAUUCAACUUCAGGAGGAAGCACAUCUCAAUACAUCUUUCAAGCACUUUAUUUUUUUUGUCCAGGAAUUCAACCUUAUUGAUAGAAGAGAACUUGCACCACUCCAAGAACUGAUUGAAAAACUCACCUCAAAGGAUAGAUAAAAAGAUACAGAGCUAUGCAAACUUCCUCAAGUGGAGCUGUGUGGAAUAUAUUUGAGUUUAUGUAUUUUCAUUUGAGUAGUUUUUGUGUUAGGUUUGAAGGGCUUUUUUUGAAUUCCUUUUUCUUUAUUCUGAAUAAAUGAAACAAUGUUCUAUUGCUGGAGGCAGCCAAGA